GGCCAUCGCGUCGCCGCCCCCUCGCACUAGUAGACGCAAGCGGCGGAUGACCACCGCGGCGACCGCUUAUCGUCGCGUAUUACGCGGGGCUCCUCGUUCGACGACGCCUCGUUUCAAAAGAACGGGUCGCUCGCCGCUUAAAGCUGCCCGAGACCCGGCGUGCGGAUUCGCCGUCAAAUUUUCAAACGUGGGUUUCUCUCGGCAAACCCGAUUUAAAUUUUUUUUUCUUGAUCCUUCCGAUGAAAUCAAAAAAAGACAUUCCUAACAUAUCUAUCACUUUAUUAUUCAAAAACUGAACGUCGCAUUGCAGAAAACGCACACAUCCUGAUGGCGUCACAACGGUGGUCCGUUGUGUGUCUGAAAAUAUGAAUUUCCCCCAAUAAAAGCAGCUGUGAGCAAAAGCGAAUUAAACACAAAGCUAAUGGCGUCUCCAAUUGGAAUGAAAGCAUCCGCCCAUUUCCAACACCGCGUUUCCUUUUGCCAGCUGACUCGGGGCGUAAAGCGGACGACACCCCGAACGGGUCGCCGGUCAGUCACGGGGCACGUAUCGAGACAGACCGGCAACACGCACGCUGUUGCUGUUGCUGAGUGGGAGCCCCGCCCAUCAUCAGCGACUUGGAAUGAAAGCAAAUUAACACAUGAAAGGAAAGAGAUUUUAUUUGGCUAACAAAAUGGUGCGCACCCCAAAAAUUUCAGCUUAGGUCCCACUCUGUUCCGAGUUAUUUAAAAUAAAAAAGGAGGGGGCGUGGUCUGCAGGCCUGACGUGACCUUGAAGUGGCGUAGCUAACGUCACGACGGCUUAUUUGAAGAGUUGCUCUUGGGACGCGCGCGUCCCCCGUUCAGUCGGCAAAAGGAGGGCGGCGGCGGCGAUGAGAUGGGGGGGCGUGGCCUCCCUUCGGCCGCUGAAGGAAAGGCGCGAUGCCGCGCUCGGUCUCCGUCGCACGUGCGCAUACGCUCGGCGGCGCUUUUCCGGCGCCGUUGGGAGGCUCGUGAAACGAGGACACCCCCGCAAUUGGGCAGGAGUGAUGAGUCGCGCGCGCCACAACCAGCGAAUGCCGCCUUUGCAGUGAGGAAAUCGUUCUCAUCAUUUUUUCAAAUGUUUUUUUUUUUAAUUUUAUUUGGGAAUUUACAACUGUGCCACUCUUGAUGUUGUCUUUUUUUUCCCCCUCCGGCCCCCCCAGACCGGUUCCCUUUCAAAUACUGUUUGGGUGGCCCUUUUGUAUGUUUUUCUCCCAACGAGCGAGCGCUGUCUUUGUUUUUGGGGGAAGCGCUGUUGUACUGUGUUCAAACGUCACAUUUGAUGCUGUCGGCGAGUUGUGCUCGAGCUUUUUCCAAAGCGUUUGUCGCCGCGAUCGGCUUAAUGUGUUUGAUUUGAUCUUUUGCCUUUUUGUAAUGAAUAUCAGAGCGGGUGAAAGGUCAUUUCUCGCCUGUGCACUUUUGUUGACCUCUUGUCAUUUUGUUGUUGUUUUUGUUUUGUUGUUUUGCUUUGUGUUUCUAGGCAACAGUUUAGGUUACGGCUUUGUUAACUUUGUUAACGCUAGUGAUGCCGAGAGGGCAAUCAGUUCCCUCAACGGCCUGAGGCUUCAGUCUAAAACCAUCAAGGUGUCGUACGCGCGCCCCAGUUCGGACACCAUCAAAGAUGCCAACCUGUACAUUAGCGGCCUGCCGCGCACCAUCAGCCAGCAGGACCUGGAAGACAUGUUUGCUCGUUACGGACACAUCAUCAAUUCUCGCGUGCUGGUGGAUCAGGCGUCAGGUUUGUCGAGGGGCGUGGCCUUCAUCCGAUUCGACAAGAGGGCCGAGGCCGAGGAUGCCAUCAAGCAGCUCAACGGCCACACUCCUCCCGGCAGCGCCGAGCCCAUCACGGUCAAGUUUGCCGCCAAUCCAAACCAGGCCAGGAAUUCGCAGCUCAUGUCUCAAAUGUACCACGGCCAAUCGCGGCGCUUCGCCGGGCCCGUGCACCACCAGGCGCAGAGGUUCAGGUUCUCUCCGAUGAGCGUGGAGCACAUGGCCGGAGGGGGCGGGGCUUCGGGAGGCCCGGCGGGUUGGUGCAUCUUCAUCUACAACCUGGGCCAGGAGGCGGACGAGGCCAUGUUGUGGCAGCUCUUCGGACCGUUCGGCGCCGUCAGCAACGUCAAGGUCAUCCGCGACUUCAAUAGCAACAAGUGCAAAGGCUUCGGCUUUGUCACCAUGAACAACUACGAGGAGGCGGCCAUGGCCAUCCACAACCUCAACGGCUACAGGCUGGGGGACAAAGUCCUCCAGGUGUCCUUCAAGACCAGCAAAGGACACAAGUAGUAGACCGCAGGUCCCGGCUUGUUGCUUUUUUUUCUCUUUCUUUCUUUUUUUUAAGUUUGGCUUUCCUCGUCCACCUGUGUAGCGGACGCUCCUUUUUGCUGUCCCGAUCUCAACUCGUUGCUUUGGUUUAACUUGUAAUGAGGGCGACGCCUUCUCAUGCACCGACUCCAUUUCUUCCCACAAUGUUGCUCGUUUGUCGUCCGAUCACCUCGACUCAAUAAAAAGCCAUCCCAAAAGUC